CAGUGCCGAAAUUACUGGGUAUUGUUUGGAAGGUUGAAUUUCUAUUGGAACUACCUGGCCUAUGACCUACUGUUCCAACUCAUUGAGGUCCUCGCUACUCAGUAUGACAGUUUCAGGACUAUUAGUGAAGACAUGGCUGCAUACAAAACAGAUAUUGAAAGGUUUAAAAGUACGACAUCCUUGAGGCUGUUCUAUGAGGCGAAAAUCGUGCCAUUCUCAUCGCAAACUGAUCCGCCGCCAGGUUUCAGAGAUAUGGUAGUCAGAUUCAAGUGGUCGGAAUACGUCACCCUUGAGGAAGUCGAACGGUUCAGGAGACGCUAUUGCGAACUGUAUAAACUAGAGCGUUGUGCCAUGAUGGUGAACAGUAUUAGACCGGGGUCGUUCAUAGUCACAUGGUUCGUUCCAAUAUCCAUCAUUAAGGCCCUCAGUCGGAAAGGAGAUAAAACUCUGAGUUUAUUUGUGGAGUUCGGUGUUGCCAGGCUAGAGAUUGCUGGGGAUUGUUUGUAUCAGGCACUGGCAGAGCAUAAAGUGGCCCCCCUCUCGAUUGCAACAUCGUCAGCUCCUCUCUCAUUUGUAACAUCGUCAGCUAAAAGAAUAAAACUGAUAGGGGAUGAAUUUCCAGCUCAGAAAAAGGUUCAUGGGGGAAGAAGUGCACUAGUUAGAGCUGGAGAAUAUGUUGUGGAACACAAGCAAGAUAUAGCCCUACUCUUGGAAAGAUACAAAGCCGUGGAAUGGUUCUAUGCUCUCGAAACUGAAGACGAGAGGUCGAUAAAGGCUGAACUGGCCUACCAACAACGUCUCACCGUAGCUAGAAAUACUUAUCGGGAGAUUAUUCGAAAGCAGCAGCUUGUAAAAAUCGGUGUAACUGCGGCUGCGGUUGCGGGAGGUGCAGUUGGUGCUUUGGGAUUUGGCAUCGUUGGGUUAGCUGCGGGUGCAGCGGUGGCUGGGGGUUGUGGUCUGGCAUUAAGGGGUGGAAAAUUACCAUCUGAGGCAGACAAAGCCAAACAAACGAUGCAGGAGACCGAGGAAAAAAUCAGUGAUACAAAACGUAGCAUUCAACUUGAAGAUGAGGCCAGAAUCAACAGAACGAUACCGUUUUUGAAAAAGCUGCAAGAAUUUAGUGUAGAGUAUGAAAAAGUUUCAGAGAAAUGCGAUGACCAAGCUGCAUUAGCCCAGAAAUUGGAUGAAAUGUAUGGGAGAGAAGGAGCAUACCACCUCUAUGAUUCUCGUGGAACAGAAUUAGUCCAUUUAUCUUUCAAGGACGCCUUGGCUGCAUUUAUCGAAAUGACUGAAAAAGGAAGCCGCUACGUUUUCAGUGUUCGAUUUCACUGUGACAUCUGCAAGUACCAACGUCUGGAAUUCCCUUAUGUCAUCUCUGAUGAACUGGUCUGUGCUAAAUGCUACACAGAAGUGCACCGUUCACUUUCAAUAUUGUUAUGUGACUUUGUAUAAUUUGUAAUGUCAACUUUAUGGCAAUUUUUUACGAUAUCGGAAUGUACUUCUAUAAUUGUUGAUCUAUUAAUAAUAAUUA